CCAUACAAAUACACCGUUAGCGGGAUUUUUUGGGAAACUUUCGCGCUUCCUCUGCUGAGUUUUGGACGGAGUUCGUGCUCAGCCGCACAUUUUGACACCGAGGAGAAGACACACCUGUAGCUGGAGAGCUGCUGUUUUCUCGGGAGACGAGUAACAUCACACCUUGCCAGCAUGCAUGUUAUCAAGCGAGAUGGACGCCAAGAGCGCGUCAUGUUCGAUAAAAUCACCUCACGCAUCCAGAAGCUGUGUUACGGACUGAACUCCGACUUUGUGGAUCCGGCCCAGAUAACAAUGAAGGUGAUCCAGGGUUUGUACAACGGCGUCACCACCGUGGAGCUCGACACGCUGGCAGCAGAGAUCGCUGCCACUCUCACCACUAAACACCCCGACUAUGCCAUCCUCGCUGCACGGAUCGCCGUCUCAAAUCUGCACAAAGAGACGAAGAAGGUGUUCAGCGACGUGAUGGAGGACCUGUACAACUACGUCAACCCCUUAAAUAAACGCCACUCGCCCAUGGUCUCCAAGGAGACGCUCGACAUUGUUCUUGAGAACAAAGACCGCCUCAACUCGGCCAUAAUUUUCGACCGAGAUUUCUCCUACAACUUCUUUGGCUUCAAGACUCUGGAGCGGUCCUACCUGUUGAAGAUCAACGGCAAAGUGGCCGAGCGACCGCAGCACAUGCUCAUGAGAGUGGCUGUUGGGAUCCACAAAACAGAUAUUGACGCAGCCAUCGAGACCUACAACCUGCUGUCAGAGAAGUGGUUCACCCACGCCUCCCCUACGCUCUUCAACGCAGGAACCAACAGGCCACAGCUGUCCAGCUGCUUCCUGCUCGCCAUGAAAGACGACAGCAUCGAAGGCAUUUAUGACACGCUGAAGCAAUGUGCCCUCAUCUCCAAGUCAGCUGGAGGAAUCGGCGUGGCGGUCAGCUGCAUCAGAUCAACGGGGAGCUACAUCGCUGGCACCAACGGCAACUCCAAUGGGCUGGUCCCCAUGCUGAGAGUUUACAACAACACGGCACGUUAUGUCGACCAGGGUGGCAACAAGAGACCCGGAGCCUUUGCCAUCUACCUGGAGCCCUGGCACUUCGAUGUGUUUGACUUCCUGGAGCUGAAGAAGAACACAGGAAAGGAGGAGCAGAGAGCCAGAGACCUUUUCUACGCCAUGUGGAUCCCCGACCUGUUCAUGAAGAGAGUGGAGAGCAACCAAGACUGGUCUCUGAUGUGUCCAAGCGAGUCCCCCGGGCUGGACGAGUGCUGGGGGGAGGAGUUUGAGAAGCUCUACACCACAUAUGAGAAGGAGGGGAGGGUCAAGCGUGUGGUGAAGGCUCAGCAGCUGUGGCACGCCAUUAUCGAGUCCCAAACAGAAACCGGUACGCCAUACAUGCUGUACAAAGACGCCUGCAACAGGAAGAGCAACCAGCAGAAUCUGGGCACCAUCAAAAGCAGCAACCUCUGCACAGAAAUCGUUGAGUACACCAGCGAAGAUGAGGUAGCCGUCUGUAAUCUGGCCUCCAUCGCGCUCAACAUGUACGUCACCCCUGAGCGGACUUUUGACUUUAAAAAACUGGCAUAUGUGACCAAAGUAAUCGUCAAAAACUUGAACAAGAUCAUCGAGAUUAACUUCUAUCCGGUGCCUGAAGCGGAAAAGUCCAACAAGCGCCACCGGCCAAUAGGAAUCGGUGUCCAGGGUUUGGCAGAUGCCUUCAUCCUCAUGCGUUACCCGUUCGAAAGCCCCGAGGCCCAGCUGCUGAACAUUCAGAUCUUUGAGACCAUCUACUACGCCGCCCUGGAGGCGAGCUGCGAGCUGGCGGCUGAGCUCGGCCCCUAUGAGACGUACGAAGGCUCUCCUGUCAGCAAGGGCAUCCUCCAGUACGACAUGUGGGAGAAGACGCCCACCGACCUGCAGGACUGGAAGCUGCUGAAGGAGAAGAUCGCCAAGCACGGCGUGAGGAACAGCCUGCUGCUGGCCCCGAUGCCCACAGCCUCCACCGCCCAGAUCCUGGGCAACAACGAGUCUAUCGAAGCCUACACCAGCAACAUCUACACCCGCAGGGUCCUCUCUGGAGAGUUUCAGAUCGUGAAUCCUCAUCUGCUCAAAGACCUGACGGAGAGGGGGCUGUGGAGCGAGGAGAUGAAGAACCAGCUGAUAGCUCACAACGGGUCCAUUCAGGACAUUGAUGAGAUUCCAGACGAUCUGAAGCAGCUGUAUAAAACCGUGUGGGAAAUCUCCCAGAAGACUAUACUUAAGAUGGCCGCCGACCGGGGUGCCUUCAUCGACCAGAGCCAGUCCCUGAACAUCCACAUCGCAGAGCCAAACUACGGCAAACUGACCAGCAUGCACUUCUACGGCUGGAAACAAGGUCUGAAGACAGGAAUGUACUACCUGAGGACGAAGCCUGCUGCUAACCCCAUCCAGUUCACCCUGAACAAGGAGAAGCUGAAGGAGGUGCAGGAGCCGGCCAAGGCCUCAGAGGCGGAGAUCAAAGAGCGCAACAUUGCCGCCAUGGUGUGUUCUCUGGAGAACCGAGACGAGUGCCUCAUGUGUGGCUCUUAAACACACCUGCGGUGACUUGGUGUAUGUGAAUCUAACGAUUCAAAACUAUGCUUGGAUGCACUGUCAAAAUGUAUAGAAUUAAUUUUAUUAAGUUUAUUUCUGUCAACUCACUUAUGUCAUGUAUUUUAUGUAGGAAAUAAAAUGGCUUUGUAACAGAAAAUAAAGUUUUACAUGCAAGUUGUCUGUGUGAGCUGUGGAAAGUUAACCAACAGGAGACGAAAACAAGUGCUGUAGAGCUGCGGCUCAUGAUUUUUAUUAUCAAUUAAUUAUUUAAUAGAGGAAACACGGGAAGAUGUGUUUUGUCCAAACAUCAGAAAAGUAAAAUGAAAUGUACUAUGGCAUGUUUUGUCUAAAAUAUUAAAUUUACUAUAAUGUA